AUGGACCAACUAAUCAAGAAGUCAAUGAACAAGCCAGAAGCAGCAGGGAGAAUGGUCCAGUGGGCAAUCGAACUUAGUCAAUUUGACAUCGAGUACCAUCCAAGAACAGCGAUCAAGGCACAAGCUCUGGCGGACUUCAUCGCAGAAUUCACACUCCCUGACGAAGACAGGAUUACCGACGAAGCAGAUAAAUUGAUAAUACAGACUGAUGGUUCGUCAGCCCAAAAGAAGGGGGGAGUAGGGGCCAUCAUAACCACCCCCGAUGGAGAAGUGCUGAAAUAUGGGGUCCAACUAAAGUUCCCAGCCACCAACAACGAAGCUAAAUACGAAGGAAUCAAGGGAGAAUACGAGGCAAAGGAAGAAAGGAUGCAGAAGUACCUCAAGUUGGUAAGACAACUGGCUCAGGAAUUCGACACAGUGGAGUUCAUACAAAUCCCAAGAAGUCAGAAUAUGGGGGAUGACGAAGUGUCAAAGCUAGCGUCAUCAGAAGAAGAAGGAACUAGCACGGACCUGGCGAUGGAAGUCCAGAAACACCCUAGUAUCAAGGAAGUUGCAACAUUCGCCGUCCAGAGCACUGAUACCUGGAUGACGCCCAUAAUGUCCUUCCUCCAGGACGGGCACUUACCUCAAAACACUGAAGAAGCUAGAAAGAUCAAGAAGAGGGCAGCCAGGUUCACGAUCCUGAAUGACGUCUUGUACAAGAGAGGCUUCUCUAUGCCUUACUUGAAGUACGUCGACGAAGAAGAGGCGAAAUACAUCCUGGAGGAAGUACACGGAGGAAUUUGUGGCGACCAUGCCGGCUCCAGAUCCCUAGCAAACAAAGUGGUAAGGGCAGGGUAUUUUUGGCCAACCAUGCAGGUGGACGCUGCUGAGAUUGUCAGGAGGUUCGGGAUUCCCUCGACGAUCAUAACAGACAAUGGAAGGCAGUUUGACAGUCAAGGCUUCAGGGAAUUCUGCUCAAAUCUUGGGAUCAAGAAUCAGUUCUCAUCCCCAGGGCAUCCUCAGGCAAACGGGCAGACGGAAGUGACGAAUCAGACACUGCUCAAGAUUAUCAAGACCAGACUGGACGAUGUGAAAGGUGCCUGGCCAGAAGAACUACCAAAUGUCCUGUGGGCUUACAGAACCACCGCCAGAACCCCAACAGGAGAAACCCCCUUCAGGCUUACCUAUGGCACAAAAGCAGUAAUUCCAGUCGAAGUAGGGGUUACGAGCAUCAGGCGUGGAACUUUCAACGAAGAGAUCAAUGACGACGAAUUGCGACUCCACCUUGAUUGUCUGGACGAAGUAAGAGACAAUGCAUCCAGCAAGAUGACGAAAUAUCAAAGAAAGAUGGCCGAAUACUAUGACAAAAGGGUCAAACUGAGACGAUUGGACAUAGGUGACCUCGUCCUACGCAGGACCACCAUGACAACUAACGACCCUACCCAGGGAAAGUUGGGUCCUACAUGGGAAGGCCCCUACCGAGUCAUUCACUACUCGAGACAAGGAAGUUAUCACCUGGAAACCAUGGACGAACAAAGGCUCCCUCGACCAUGGAAUAUUGAGCAUUUGAAAAAGUACCACCAGUAA